AUGUCCGUCAUCUGUCUUCGACGUCUUGUUCGAAUCCGCAACCCGGUCUUUCGCUCUCCAUCACUCAAGACACUCGUACAUACAAAGCUUGCAGUAGCGCUGGUCGCUCGUCUUGCUUUUCCCGCAACUACAUUUUUUCGCGUUGGUCAGGCACCGUACGUCGCAGCAAGCACGCAUACGAGCUCAGGCAGGUCCUUUGCUCUUCCUCGCAACCUCAUCACCACACGCUUGAUAAACCUGCAAGACGCUAGUAUUUACCACUGA